AUUAAAAAAUAAAUAAAUAAAUCAUUUUCUUGUCAAUUUUCUCGGAAAGCAACUUCCAUUUUCCUGCACUUUCUCCGCUCGAUCUCUCCAUUCCUACCUCUUCCCCUCUCCGCUUUCAGUUUUCAAACUGGGUCGGUCGGUGAGCCUUCCACUUGUUUACUACUUCGGUGUUUGAUAAGAACCCAAUUUCCCCCCUUCGUCUUCCCAAAUCAUCUCCAUCUCACAAUCACCUUCUCAUUCCGAAACCAGAACAAGCUAAGCUCAUGUGAUGUGAGGAUUCCAUCUCCAUGGCCAAGAGGCUCCAUCUUUACUGGCUCUCUUUCUUUCUCUGUUUCCUCUUCACAAACCCACUUCUCUCCCAGACGGACGAAUUCAUCUACAGAGGAUUCAAGAACCUCCGCGACCAGAACAUAAGCCUCUCCGGCGUCGCAGAGAUUCAGAGAAACGGAGUCUUGAAGCUCACCAACGACACGCCCCGCCUGAUCGGCCGCGCCUUCUACCCAAAUCCCAUCAGAUUCAAGCCCUCCCCAAAUGACAAAGCUUUCUCCUUCUCCACCGCUUUCGCCUUCGCCAUCAUUCCCGAGUACCAGAAGCUUGGCGGCCAUGGCCUCGCCUUCACGAUCUCGCCAACCAAGGACCUUAAAACCGCCCUUCCCAGCCAGUUCCUCGGCCUUGUCAACGCCAACGACAACGGGAACUUCUCCAACCAUUUGUUCGCCGUCGAGUUCGACACCGUCCAGGAUUUCGAGUUCAGGGACAUCAACGACAAUCAUGUCGGCAUCGACAUCAAUGGACUGAUAUCGACCGCUUCUACGAAUGCUAGCUAUUUUGAGGAAGGCGAUUCGACGCCGAAAUUCCUGAAUCUCAAGAGCGGGAAGACGAUUCAGGCCUGGAUCGACUACGAUUCCGGCAAAAAGGAACUGAAUGUCACGCUGUCACUCUCCUCGACCAAACCCAGUUCCUCGGUCUUGUCUUUUCACGUCGAUCUGUCCCCAAUUCUGGAAGAAUCCAUGUUUGUCGGCUUCUCUGCUUCGACUGGUUUACUCGCGAGUUUUCACUAUAUCCAAGGCUGGAGCUUCAAGAUCAACGGCCAAGCUCAAUCUCUCGAUUUAUCUUCUCUUCCUUCUCUUCCGGGCCACAGACAAAAUCAGACGGCCUUGAUUAUCAUCCUAUCUGUGUGUAUUUUUCUCGCCAUUGUUAUGGCAAUUGGAAUUGGUUUUUACGUAAUCAGAAGGAUUAAGAACGCCGACGUAAUCGAGGCCUGGGAGCUCGACAUUGGCCCGCACAGAUUCUCCUACAAGGAGCUCAAGCAAGCCACUCGAGGCUUCCGAGACAAACAGCUCCUCGGAUUCGGCGGAUUCGGCCGAGUCUACAAAGGAACGCUCCCCAAUUCCAAAACCCAUGUCGCCGUUAAGCGAAUUUCGCACGAAUCGAAGCAGGGUUUACGGGAGUUCGUCUCCGAGAUCGCCAGCAUUGGCCGGCUCCGCCACAGGAACCUCGUCCAGCUCCUCGGAUGGUGCCGCCGCCGCGGCGAUCUCUUACUCGUUUACGAUUACAUGCCCAAUGGGAGCUUGGACAAGUAUAUUUUCGAGGAGCCCAGAAUGAUUCUGAGUUGGGAACAGAGGUUCAAAAUCAUCAAAGGCGUGGCCUAUGGACUUCUAUAUCUCCACGAAGAGUGGGAGCAAACUGUUAUUCACAGAGACAUUAAAGCCGGGAACGUUUUGUUGGACUCGGAGCUCAACGGCCGGCUCGGCGACUUUGGGCUGGCGAAGCUCUACGAGCGCGGGUCGAACCCUAGCACGACCCGGGUAGUGGGCACGCUCGGGUACUUGGCGCCGGAGCUGACCCGGACCGGGAAGCCGACGGCGAGCUCGGACGUGUUUGCCUUCGGCGCGCUGAUGCUGGAAGUGGUGUGUGGGCGGCGGCCGGUGGAGGCCAAGGCCCUGCCGGAGGAGCUGAUUCUGGUGGACUGGGUUUGGGAGAAGUGGCGGGAGGGGGCGGUGCUGGAGGUGGUGGACUCGAGAUUGGACGGCGAAUAUGACGAGACGGAGGUAGUGGUGGCGGUGAAGCUGGGGCUAAUGUGUUCGAACAAUGGGCCCGGGAGGCGGCCUACGAUGAGGCAGGUGGUGAGGUACCUGGAGGGGGAAGUGGGGCUGCCGGAGGUGGUGGUUCCGCCGGGGGAUGAUGGGAAGGGCGGCGGGGGAGUGGAGUUUGAGGAUUUCAUGCAUUCGUAUCCGUCGUCGUCGGUGUAUGAGAGGGCAAGCGUAUGCUCGUCGGCGGGCGAUGGGACUCUGGUGGAUAUUGAAGCGGGGACGGGUUCGCCGCCGUUGCUGUCGGCGGCCAGGGACGGGAGGUAGCGUCUGGUGGGGGUGGGUGAGAUGGUAGGUGUUCUUUGUCACGGUUCCUUCUUUCUUGUAAAUAUUAUCAAUUAUCAGUUUAAUUUUGUACAAUAUUAUUAGUUUCUUUUACCAUAUCCAAAGCAGCAAAGAUUGAAACAAUUUGGUGAAGGCAAAA